UCGAAGGAGUAGGCCAGUUAGUUGCUGGAUAACGAAUAAAUUAUUUAACCUAGUAUUAGCUCAAAAAUAUUUCAAUUAAAAAACUCAUACAACAAUGGUUGAUCGUGGCAAUAAUUUGGUUCUACCGGUCGGGCCUUGCAGUACAGAGGCGACAGAAACUCAGACAAGCUUUGGUCCGCCCAAAAUCAAAAAAGUACUCCCGACUCGGGCUAAUCGUAUGGAGCAGUUCCUUUGGCAAGAAUUUUUCAACGAAUACAACCGUCAGGCUUCAGCACAGCCGGAACGAGCUAAUGAAACUACAGAGUACUAUGACCAGUUCUGCAAGGAUAUACCUCCCAAAGAUGAGGAAUUGGAAGAGGUCCUUAUAAACAAGUAUCCGCUGUACUGCACGACAGCUGUCACCGUCUGGAAUCACGUUGGCGAUCCCACCAUGACAUUCAAGAGGAAAUAUUCUAUAACUAAGCCAAUUCAUGAGUGCUCCGAAAAGUUUGCACCAUAGAGGAGUUUUAAAUCUGAUUACAUUAUCGUGGAAAUGUUUAAAAUUAUAUUGAAAAUAAUAUUUU